CUCGAGUGCUUUCCUAUCCAGCCACUUCGGAAACAGUGCAAAACAUUCGACCCCAUCACUCGAGAAUAGAUAAAAGCAUCAAGCAGCUCUGCCUCCUGAAGAUUCUCUCCGCCAUCUCAACAUCCUCCUCUAUCUGUACGCUAAUUCCCAAAUGCCUCUCAAACUCUCCCCAUCUCUUCUCAGCUCCUUCAUCAUCACCAUCAUCUUCUUCUCAGAGCCAAUAUCCUCCUCGAUCUCCUCCGAUGACCCAGUAUGGAGAACAAUAGAGGAGUUCUCAGGCUACCCAACUCACCCAACAUCAGCCAGCUUGCCUUCUCCUUCAUUCUCAGUCGACACUGAAACCUUGCAGAAUCAGAUCGAUGAGUUGGCGACCUUUUCGGAUGUUCCGGCUCCUGCGGUGACUAGGGUUUUGUACAGCGAUAAGGAUGUAUUGGCUCGAAGCUACAUUAAAAAGCUAAUGGAAAAGGCUGGCCUCUCUAUUCGUGAGGAUGCUGUGGGUAACAUAUUUGGUCGAUGGAAUGGCAAAGAUACAAGUCUCGCUGCUGUUGCUACUGGUUCCCACAUCGAUGCUAUCCCAUUUUCAGGGAAGUAUGAUGGUGUAGUAGGUGUUCUGGGUGCAUUGGAAGCAAUUAAUGUGCUGAAAAGGUCCGGGUUCCAGCCGAGGAGAUCAUUGGAGGUUAUUAUGUUUACAUCUGAGGAGCCUACACGAUUUGGAAUCAGCUGCUUAGGGAGCCGGCUAAUGGCAGGGAUUGAGGAGCUAGCUGAUGCUCUUAAAGGAACAGUUGAUGGUCAAAAUAUAUCUUUCUUUGAUGCUGCAAAAUCUGCUGGGUACAACCUAAAUCAUGAAGACUUGAAAAAUGUGUUUGUGAAGAAGGACCAUUAUUCUGCAUUUAUAGAAUUGCACAUAGAGCAAGGACCUAUUCUGGAAGAAGAAGGUCUUCCCAUUGGUAUUGUGACUGCUAUUGCUGCACCUGCUAGUAUCAAGGUAGAGUUUGAAGGGAACGGUGGUCAUGCUGGAGCUGUCCUCAUGCCAGCAAGAAAUGAUGCAGGAUUGGCAGCUGCAGAGUUGGCACUGGCUGUUGAGAAACAUGUGUUAGAGUCUGGAUCUAUAGACACAGUUGGUACUGUAGGUAUUAUUGAACUACAUCCGGGAGCAAUCAAUAGCAUUCCAAGUAAAUCACAUAUAGAAAUUGAUACACGAGACAUUGAUGAAAAAAGGAGAAACAAUGUAGUUGAGAAAGUCCAUCAAUCUGCUGUUUCUAUAGCCGAGAAACGGCGAGUGAGACUGUCAAAGUUCCAGAUCAUCAAUCAAGACCCACCAGCUCUCUCUGCAGAAUCAAUUAUCAGAGCCAUGACAAUUGCUGCAGAAAAGUUGAACCUUAGUCAUAAGUUAAUGAUUAGCCGAGCCUAUCAUGAUUCGCUUUUCAUGGCCAGAAUAUCUCCAAUGGGCAUGAUUUUCAUUCCGUGCAACAAAGGUUAUAGCCAUAAGCCCGAAGAAUACGCCUCUAUGGAAGACAUAGCAAAUGGAGUCAAGGUGUUGGCGCUGACUCUUGCCAAAUUAUCUGUAGAUUGAUCUGAGACAUCCAGCUGCUUUCACUGUUCAAGUGCUUGUGAUGCUGAUAGUCUCCAGUAAUGCAUAGCUCCAAGCACGGAUGCUCAUCAUAGCAAUAACAAUGGAGAUAUUUGUAUGUAUUCUUCAAUCAAUAAAACAUGUACAGAAUACGAAGUCAAUAAGCCAUAAAGCUGUUCAAAUCUAGGAGUUCAUAUCGUCAAGCUUCAGAACCUCCAGUCUUCCUUCUAGGCUGUGGAAGUUCAUGAAUUUCAGAGUGAUUGUGAAUUGGAAGGAAUGUGAUGCAAUGUGGUAUAAUGUUAGCUAAAAAAAUUGUUAAAUAAAAACUUGUUCGAUG